GUGUCAGUUUUUGUAAUUUAGUUAGUAAGGGGACAGCACUGAUGAUGUUUUCUGGGGAAACCUGCUGGUGAAAAAGGAGGCAGGACAGUUACAGAGACAGAGAGGACACGUCUCUUCAGACAGCUGAAGACAUCAGAGCAGCACAGGAACAACCAGACAGCGAUGGACUCCUGCCACACAGGCCUGAUGUGGGUGACGCUCAUCCUCGUUGGACUCUCUGCCGCUGACAGCUCCGUCUCUUGCCCUGCCAACUGUCAGUGCAGCUCUGAGGGUUAUGCCAACUGUACCGGCGUCUCUAUCACUGACAUCCCACCGAAGCUGCCCCUCCACACGUACACCCUGAACCUCUUUAGGACGAACAUGAGUGUCUUAUCUGAGCGGAGUCUAGCUGAGCAGGUUUUCCUGGUGCGCUUCAGCCUGACUAACAGUCAUCUACACACCAUCCAUCCACGAGCCUUCAACGUAGCUCCUCAGCUCAAGACUGUCAAGCUAUCCUCGAACGUUCUCUCCUCCCUCCCUGACGGGGUUUUCAGUCCUCUCACCUCUCUGGAGGAGAUUUACUUAGAUGGAAACCAGCUGACAAUGAUCGCACCUGACACGUUUAAGGGGCUUCGUAGUUUGCUGAUCCUGGAUCUAAACAACAACAAGCUCUCCAACCUUUCUUUUAACAUUUUUGAUGGACUGACCAACCUCAGCUUUCUGAACCUUGGCAGGAAUCAAAUAAAAACGCUCCCGCCUACAAUCUUCCACUCCCUGACUAAACUUCGCCUGCUCGCGAUGUACGCCAAUAAGCUAGAGCAGCUGGAAGCUGGGAUAUUUGACAGACUUGUCAUCCUUGAAGAGCUAACUCUCUUUCAGAACCAGAUUGCAAGCCUUCCACCUAAAGUGUUCUGGCCACUGAAGAACCUGAGGACACUGAGCAUGUCCUCCAACUGGCUUCAGAACAUCCCACCCAAAAGUUUCUACAACAUGUCUAAGCUCGUCAAACUCACCAUUUACAAAAACCCUCUAUUGUCUUUGCCAGAUGAGCUGAUGGGCUACAUGCCUGACAUCAGAGAGUUUUAUCUGUACGGCACCGAGCUCGUCACCGUUCCUGGGAAUCUGUUCUCCAACAUGUCUGGUCUGCUGCAUCUAAACCUGCAUUUAAAUCCAAAACUGAGCCAGCUACCAUCUGAUCUGUUCUGCUGUCUUCCCAAGCUCCAAAAGCUCUCGCUGAGGAACAACCAGCUUCAAUAUCUCCAUCCUCAGCUUUUCUUUGCACUAACCUCACUGAGCAUACUGCUCCUCAAUGACAACAACCUGGUGACUCUACCUGAAAGCAUAUUUAAAAACCUUGGUGGACUUGAGACUCUAGAUUUGAAAGGUAACCACCUCAAAACUCUCCCUGAAGAUCUUUUCUCAUCAAACACAGCCCUGAACGCUCUUCAUCUGGGGGGAAACCCCUGGAAUUGCUCUUGCAUUAUCAGAGGAUUUGCUAGAUGGGUCAGACAAAAUGCGCAUGUGGUUCCAGACAAAGUUGACACGCUGUGCCACAGUCCGUUCUAUCAAGCGCUGCGCCGUCUCGACUCGCUGCUUGAGGAGGAGUUUGACUAUUGUGAUAGAACAGCAGUGACAAGUGUUCCAACUCAAGCCAACGUGAAAGAGCAGACUCAGCCUUUGACUGUGAGGUCAACCACCCCAACAGCACAAUCAACCACUUCUGAGACCACAACAAACCCACCGGUGGUUCAGACCACAUCCAACACUCAAACUAACGAAGCUCACCGUGUCUCGCCGUAUUUCAACGACACGCUGGUGCUCCAGCAGGGUCCUGAGUACGUUCACCACAACCAUCACAACGGCUGGGUGUACGUGUGGUUUCUACCAUCCAGCAGCACUCUGGUUGGGUUCCUCAUGGUUUGUUACAUACUUCUCUUGGCUACAGGCUUGUUGCUCAUUCUUGCUGCCAUAUUUGGCUUGCAUCGCCUCAGCACCACCAUGGACAAGCUGAAGGCCAACUGUAAUGCUGACUGCAAAAUGGUGUUCAAAAACCAGUACAAGGGAGGUACUACCCACACUUACCUUGUGUUUGUAGACAUCCAGACCACGUGUGCAGAUGUACAGGUGGUUUCCUGUGUGAAAACAGUUCAGAUGUCUGGGCUGAUGGGGACAGUAACAGAUGACACACUCUUCACCUUUCCUCCUACAAGAAAACACAUUCUGCCAAGAGCAGCUUUACGAGCAUGCCGAGAUCUGGAUCCAAAGAACUUUGUAACAGAUGUGAUUUACGGGCAGCUCACAAACACAAACAUCAACCUUUACUUUUACUCAAAACACUUUUAUCCAGCAUCACAUAGAUUAAAUAAACACGACAAAGGGACUCAGUCAGGCAACAAAAUCAGUUCAGAAAGGGAGAAAAGCAGCAGGAGGGACCAGUGGACAGGGCCAGCAACAGGACCGCUACAUCUCAAGAGCUCUACGUGCGAAGGAAUGAAGAAAGAGCUGACUCCUGAAAUGAAUCAAGAACUGACACAGAGCAGGAAGAAUGGUGUCAUACGUAAAAUACAACCGCACUCUUCACCCGUCUGCUCAUUCAGCACCAGCCACAACCAGAGAACAGAAAUGGAUCUACCAGUGGCGACACCUCACGUUCUACUACUUCUCUGCUCCCUGAGUGCUGUUAUUUGGGCAUGUCCUGAUGGAUGCAAAUGUUUACAAUCAAAUGUCUUCUGCAGUGGUCUGGUGGACUUCCCCACAGCUCUGCCCUCAUUCAUCACCCAGAUCUUCUUCUCAGAAUGCAAGUUUUCCUCUUUGAAACAGGAAGACCUCAGUGAUUUCUCAAGUUCUCUCCAGACCUUUAGAAUUAAAGAUACCGUUUUGAGGGAGGUGCGCCCUGGCACAUUUGAUUCUUCUCCAGACCUGAAAGCCUUACUCCUAACUGGCACAGAACUACAAGAUCUUCCUGAAGCCUUGUUUCAAAAGCUUCAGAGACUGGAAUAUUUGUCUCUGAUGUUAAAUAAGCUGUCAGUAGUUCACCCUCAGUGGUUUUCCUCAUUGACAGAGAUGGAAAAACUUGACCUCAGUAAAAAUGCUAUCACAAUAGUGCCUGAGGAAACAUUUCACCCGAUGACAAAGCUGCUGUAUCUAUUCCUUUCUGGAAACAACAUCAGUCACAUUUUCAGUGAGACGUUCAAGGGUCUUUCUAAACUGAAAAUUUUACGCCUCAACCAAAACAAACUCCGUGAACUCCCUGUUGGUAGUUUGGAUGACCUUGUAAACCUGGAGGAACUGUCUCUACAGCACAAUCUGAUCACUCAUCUACAUCAUGACAUGUUCUCCAAAAAUCUGAAGCUGCAGAAGUUGUUUUUGUCCUCAAAUAGGCUGACAUCACUUCCACAAGGGAUCUUCUUUAACCUGCCUCUCCUUUUCCAAAUUUCCCUAUAUGAAAACCACUUGGGAAGACUGGGUCCAGGGGUCUUUGGGGCAAUGCCUCUGCAGGAGUUGUGGUUGUAUGACAACAAACUGAGUCAUGUGGAAGACGACACAUUCAAGAACCUGACCCAGUUGCGUCUCCUGGUGCUCAGUCGUAACCAGAUCAGUCAGGUGUCUAAGGAUGCGUUCAGAGGGUUGCAACAGCUCGGUGAAGUUUCACUGCACACCAAUCGUCUGACAACUCUGCAAGCUGGGGUGUUCAGAGAUCUGCCCAGUCUGGUCAACAUUUCCUUAGAACACAACAAUAUCGCCUCCCUUCCUUUGGGUUUUCUCAAAGGACUGAGCCACCUGGGACAGAUUGACCUGCGUAACAACUCCUUCCCUAACCUACCACAGGAAAGUCUAGAUGCACUGUCCAUUGCUGAUGAAGUCCUACUGCAGUGGAACCCUUGGAGGUGCGACAGAAACAUCUUGCCUCUUAGGGAAUGGCUGAGACUUCAUCCGUCAAAGACCAACCAAUCGCUUGUGACAUGCAGCAUUCCUUUCACUCUGUAUGGUGAACAGAUUGACACGUUGACAGAUGAGAACCUAACGCCAUUUGCUUCUACUGAAGAGCCGGUGUUGACCUCAAUCGAUGUGAAAGGGAGACCAUCUCCACCUAUACGGAGCACUCCCUCAACUGCUGUGAAGACCACACCCUCCUCAGACAACGAGGUGACCAGUAGUGGACAAAAUAAUAACGGGACGACUAAUAACACUUCCGUUAUUCUAAUUGCUGUUGCAGCGGUGUCUACAGUGAUCAUUGGCUCCAUUUUAAUUGCCUACAUGAUCAGGAGGAAAAACAAGAGUGGCAAGGGGAACAUAGGGCGCAGGAAUAAAAACUCUGUUCUGUACGUGAGUUACGCCACACCUCAUCCAGCCAUCAUUUACGGUCAGCUCACUUAUGCUAUACCAAGAAUGCCAACUGGAGAGAUUGUCUUACUUUUUCUGUCCCUACUUGACUUUUCAAUGAGUCAAAGUGAAGAAAUCAAAGAAAACCAGGAGGUUUUUGGUAAAUCUGCGACAGAGAUCCCUCGCUCUCUGAGAUCUGGAGUGACAGAGGUUUUUUUUGUGGAUAGUCAAAUUGAAAAAAUCCCUGAAGGGGCCUUUACUGAAAACCCCCAACUCGAGAAAGUGGAGUUUAUGUCAACUGGCACGACAUCCAUUGAGGUGGGAGCUUUUGAAGGUUUGGUAAACCUCAAGAGUAUUGAGAUCUCCAACAAUCCACUGAUUUCUGCACCAGUGGGGAUCUUCAAGGACACAACUAGUCUGGACACAAUUAUUCUGAAAUUUAACAAGCUUCAAAGAAUUGAGAAAGGUUUGUUUGAAGGACUGCCAAAUUUAGCAGAUCUUCAGAUACAUGGGAAUGAGAUUGAAUUUGUCGAAGACCAAACCUUUGAUGAGCUUAUCAACCUAAAAAAGAUCGAUUUGGGUAAAAACAAUCUCAGUGCGGUGUCAACAAGCUGGUUUUCCAACCUGAAUGAACUGAAGGUUUUACGGAUUUAUGAAAAUCAGCUGACCAGUAUACCUGAAGAUCUUUUCAAGAACUUACCAAAUUUAGAGGAAAUCGCUUUGCAAGGAAACAAAAUAGAUGAGCUGCCACCCAAUCUGUUCCCACACAAAGACAAAAUAAGUAAGCUGUUUUUGGAUAAUAAUCAUCUGACUAGUUUACCUGAAGGAUAUUUUGUUGGUUUCCCAAAACUCAAAACUCUGACGUUAAUGAAGAACCAGCUGACCAGUCUGCCAACGGUCCUUUUUGGGGAAAUGCCUAGACUGACUGAUCUAAGCCUCCAACAAAACAAUCUUAGCACUCUUCCAAAAGGAAUACUCAGCCCUCUGAAGAAACUGAAGAAGCUGGAUCUCUCUAAGAAUCACUUCGUCACCUUGUCAGCUGAUUCCUUUGAAGGCAUAGAAAAACUUACUGAGCUAAAUCUUCAAAACAACAUGAUUCAGACAUUGGAGGCUCACCUGACUGAAAACCUGCCAUCUCUGAACACACUCAAGCUUGCCUACAACAAACUCCAAAGUCUUUCUGGAGAUGUUUUUGAAGCUUUAGCCAAACUGAAAAAACUUGAUCUCAGUAACAACCCCUGGAGCUGUGACUGUAAUCUUAUAGAUUUGUAUGAGUGGAUGAGACGGAAUUCUGACAAGCUGACAGCUGAAGUGACCUGUGAGUCUCCAGAACACAUGAAAAGGUUAGAAAUUAUUCUGUUAACUGAGGACCAGUUAAUCUGCCCAACACUUCCACCCACAACCACAAUACUAACAACCCUGGCAACCACACUACCAUCAACAACAACCCUCCUUACAACCACCCCACUUCCUACUACAGAACCAACCACCACAUUGCUAACCACAACACCCACUACCACCUCCGCAGCAACCAAUUUGCCCACUACAACAAGCAUCCCCACACCACCAGCAACUACCGCAACAACUGUGAUUACGACUAUGACUACAAUUGCCUCAACCACCUGCAUGACAACUAUUCAGCCCACAUUCACCCCACUUAUGACAACCAUCACCACCAUUAUCACAACUACCCCCACCACCACACUUAUACCUUCAACUUCUGCUCCAACAACUAUACCCACCACCAGUUUAACAACAAUAAUACUCACAACAAGAGCUAUAACAACUACACACACAACUACUCAACCAACGACAACACUCACAACUACUCAACCAACAACCACACACACAACUACUCAACCAACGACAACACUCACAACUACUCAACCAACAACCACACACACAACUACUCAACCAACGACAACACCCACAACUAAUCAACCAACAACCACACACACAACUACUCAACCAACAACCGCACACACAACUACUCAACCAACGACAACACUCAUAACUACUCAACCAACAACCACACACACAACUACUCAACCAACAAAAACACCCACAACUAAUCAACCAACAUCAGUCACAACAACCCAACCAACAACAUUUGUCACAACAACACAACUCACAACCACACAAACAUCUACUCAGCCAACGAUAAUGAGUAAACCCGCAACCACAAUGACAACAACAGGGACACCUACAACAGCUCUCUCACCAACCACCAUCUUUUGGACCACCCAACCAACACCCAACACAACGGAAAGACUCUGUGCACCAAUUCCUUUUUACAUCGAUCGGAUCAGUAGAAAAAUCCAGGAGUGCAAAUUCUGGACUAAGAUUUACAUUGCACUGCUUGUGGUGGAGAUAACCUGCACACUGGUGCUGGCGAAGUUCAGCAUUUCGAUGUAUCGUUUGCUACAAAACAGAGAAAAAAUAAAAGACAGGAUCAAGCUCACCCACUUCUCCUACAGAAGAGAAGUUAUAAUGAGGCCUUUGGAGGAAGAUGAAACUUGAGGGCUUUCACAUCACAGUGAUGUUUCUUUGACCCGCCAAUGUACCAUUAACCCUCCCACUGUCCUACUGGGUGACCCCGUGAGGAAAGUUGACCAUUGAGCAGGAUUGAUGGUUUAUUCCUUGAGGUCCACAUGGCAGUGGUGAGGUGGUGCUCACUCCUCACCCCUGCCAGUGGGAGGGUUAAACUUCAAACAACCCUAUAGAAACCAUGUACAUGUAUACUUUGGAUAGGAUUAUCUGUAGUCCCUGAAAUAUGAAUGGAAGUUAUAGUUGGUAGUGAAACAUCAAGUGUGCAAUGAAUUUUGUUUUUAUAUAAUAUUAAAUAAAGACAUUUCUUAUGCAACAAGCUGAAUGAAUUUGAUAAUUAGACAUGUUGUGUGGCCGAGAGGGCUUCCAGGGCUUGUUUUAUGAUGUGGUGAGGUUAAUUUUAAAGCCUUAAAAAUCCUUAUAUUUAUUUUGUAUUGGGGCAGCAGGAGCUCAGGAGGUAGAGCAGGUUGUCCAGUAAUUGGAAGACUGCAGGUUUGAUUCUGGCUCUGACCAGAGAAUGCUGCUGUUGUGUCCUUGGGCAAGACACUUAACCCACCUUGCCUGCUGGUGGUGGUCAGAGGGACUGGUGGUGCCAGUGUUUGGCAGGCCUCACCUCUGUCAGCAUGCCCAAGGGCAGCUCACCAUCAGUGUGUGAAUGUGUGUGUGAAUGGAUAAAUGAUGCACGGCAGUGUAAAGCACUUUGGAGUCGUCUGACUCUGAAAGGCGCUAUUAUAUAUAUAUAUAUAUAUAUAUAUAUAUAUAUAUAUAUAUAUAUAUAUAUAUAUAGUUAGAUUGUAAAUAUGUUGUACUGUUUCAUUUAUCUAGCUGAAGGAAGUAAGAUUACUCAAAAAUUUUGAACAUUCUCUCCUUUUUUUACAGACACCUGACAAAAUAUUUCAGAUACAAAGGCUGUGUUAAUCUAGCAUUACAUAGUGUAUGCCUGAUUCUGCAAAACAAAUGUCUGAAACAAACAAACAAACAAAAAAUAAAUCAGUAGAUUGAAGGAAAUGUAGUUUAAAUGAUUGUGGUGUUCCCAGCUUUCUUUUUUUUUUCUUUUUUUUUUUGCAUUUUCUGAAAAAAGUUUUAAGUGUCAGCUGAAGGGCUUUUUUGCAGUCAAUAAUUGCUUGGAAACAUCAGAAUAAAAAAAAACUAAACCAGUGAUCUCAACCUUCUUCUGUUUUUGAAAAGUAAAGCCAACAUGAAACCAGGUCACUCUUGGAA